CUGUCCGUUAGAUGGCGUUGAAUUAAAUUGAGUCAUUACAAAAGUAGGUCAAAUGAGAAGGUAGAAAACACCUGUUAAUUCUAGGUUAAAUGCGUUCAUUACAAGGUAUAUGGUAACUGUUUGAGGUGAAAGUUGCAGCAAACUGCAACCAUGUUGAAAGUAGUCAUAUUAUUAUUAGCUUGUCUAGCAAACACAUAUUCAAUUACCAUUCCCCCACUUAUCCUAGAACAGCCACCUCAAGAUGUUGCCUUCAAGAUAGAUGAGAGUAUAGAACUGAGGUGUAUAUCCUCAGGAUCUCCUCAACCACAGUACAAGUGGCUUUGGAACAAUGAAGAUUUUGAUGCUAGUGGUAAUGAUGGGCGUGUUACCCAACAGCCAGGUGUAGGAACUCUGAUCUUUAGUAGACCCAUAAAGAAAGAUGAGGGCACAUACCAAUGUAUCGCAGAGAAUCAAUAUGGGAAAUCACUUAGUCAGAAAAUAGUUGUUAGAAUUGCAGUAUUAGAAAAAUUUCCCCAGCGGGAUAACCCAGUUGUUUACAGGCCAUAUGUUGGAAGCCCCCUGACACUGAACUGUGUUCCCCCAGUCAGUUAUCCACCCUCAGAGGUAUUCUGGUCCAUAGUAGAACCAGGAGAGAGGUUUAGACCCAUAGACACCACAAACAGAGUUACAAUGGAUCAUUUUGGAAGCCUCCACUUUGCCAAUGUUCUCCAAGAGGAUCGUCAGGAUGGUAGAAAAUAUGUGUGCACAGUGCAGAACAAGUUUAUGAGAGCUUUUGUGCAGGGAGAAGAUGCCAUUAUUGAGCCACAAGGAGAUAUUGUUCAGAAUCGUGGAGCAAAGCUAGAAUGGGCUUCACCAUUUAGUAUCAACAGAUUGCAAGGUGGAACUAUAAGAUUCAUGUGCUUAUUCACUGGGAUGCCUACCCCAAAUGUUGAGUGGGAUCGUCUUGAUGGCAAAGUAAUGCCUCCUAGGUCCCGAUUGGAGAGUUUUGGUCAAGAACUUGUCUUAGAAAAUGUACAAAUUGAUGAUGCCGGGCAGUAUGAGUGCUCUGGGGAAAAUACUGGUAUUCCUAUUAGAAAAUCUUUCGACUUGGUUGUUGAAGCCAAACCAUAUUGGCGUAGCCCAGACACGAGACCUAAGAAUAUCCAAGCUGGUGAGGGGGACAAAGCCACCUAUAUGUGUAUAGCUGAUGGUAUCCCUGCCCCACAGGUAUUCUGGUUCAUCAAUGGUAGACCUUUGUCACAAUUGGAAGCUAAUCCUUAUAGACUGGUUAAUGGAGGUAACAUGACAUUCAUCAACUUGAUGAAGGAAGACACACAGAAUAUCCAGUGUAAUGCUACUAACAAGCAUGGUUAUAUAUGGGCAGAUGCAUACCUCAAUGUACUGGAUGAGAAGCCAACUAUAAUGGAGACCCCAGGCACUGUGAGGGUUGCUGAGAGUCAAGAUGUACAAUUGAGGUGUAAGGUGUUUGGUGCCCCAAGACCUGUGGUAGUCUGGAAGAGAGGGAACAUGCAGCUGACUGGAGGUCGAUACACUACCUUGCCAGAUGGCCAUCUCAACAUAACAGAUGUCUCUGCUGUGGAUGCUGGCAUUUAUUCCUGUACAGCUACUAACAAGUUUGGUUCAGCACAUGCCAAUGGCAGUCUUAUAGUGAGAAGACGCACACUUAUUCGUACUGCACCCCUUGACAUCACCGUCCCUGUUGGAACAGAGGCUAAGUUCACAUGUACAGCCACCACAGAUCCAGAAGAAAUUCAAAAUCUCAAAAUUGAUUGGAAGAAAGAUGACCAGAUUAUUGACUACCGUACAGCUCAGCGUGUGUUCAAGAAUAUAAUGGAUAACUCUCUCACUGUCAGUGGAACCAUCAGUUUAGACACUGGGAAGUACACAUGUAUGGCCCAUAAUGGGCUGGAUACGGAUGAGGCGAGUGCCCAGUUGGUUGUCCAAGACAUUCCUGAUCCUCCAACCUCCGUGACUGCAAACUGCAAGCGUGAAGAAGGCAAAGCUGAGGUUGAAUGGCAACCAAAUAAGGAGAACUAUGCACCCAUUCUCAACUUCAUUGUGCAGUUCAACACAACAUUCAGUCCUGACACUUGGCUAAAUGCUCGCGAAAACAUCACACAGAAUCAACAGAAAGUCAUCAUUGACCUAUCACCGUAUGGUAACUACAGUUUCCGGGUUCUGGCCAGGAAUAAGAUUGGAAUGUCCAACCCCAGCAUGCAUUCAAAGACAAUAUGCACCACCCUGCCUGGUCGGCCAAGGAAGAAUCCCGAUAAUGUUCGUGGGGAGGGAGAUGCCUCAACUAACCUGGUUAUCACAUGGACACCAAUGCCAAAGAUAGAACAGAAUGCUUUGGGUUUCCACUAUGUGGUGUACUGGAAGAGGGCUGAUGAUCCUGAUGCACUUGAAUACAAUGAAAGAAUUGACCAGCCAGAGCGCAACUACUUGAGGGUCGACAACCAGCCUGUCUAUGUACCUUAUGAUAUUCGUGUGAGAUCCUGGAAUGCAGAGGGCUCAAGUGAAGUGGAACCAACAGUUGUUACUGGCUACUCUGGUGAAGCUGAGCCUCUUGUGGCACCACAGAAUUUCAACUAUGAUGAGUCAACAUUGACGGCUACAGAGUGUACUUUUACCUGGGACCAAGUUGAUACAUCCCCUUCUCAGAUCAGGGGCUACUUCAGAGGGUACAGGAUCCAGUACUGGGCACAAAAGGAUGGACCACAGGAGAUGCGAGAAGAAGAUAUCAUUCUGAUAGAUACACGUUGGUCUGAUGGACGUCGUAAGAAGCGACAGUUGCCCUCAACCGUCUCGUACAGGGUGAAACAUCUGCCUCAGUACCAAGAAGUGAUUGCAAGAGUGUUAGUGCUAAACAAACGAUAUGCUGGACCCACUAGUGCUGAGCUUUCAUUCAGAACCAGAGAGGGGGUCCCAGGCCCUGUGUCCAGUUUUGAACUUUUAGCAGUUGGUCAGAACCACUUUGAUCUUAAAUGGGGCAGACCCAUACAGAACAAUGGUAUCCUGACAGGCUACCAGUUGGCUUUCCAAAAAAUCAAAGGUUUGAAUCUAGAUGUGCUCCAAGAAAGACCCCCUAUAAUGAACGCAAGUGCCACUGAGGGCAGACUGAAUGGUCUCCAGGCUAGCACAGACUACAGGGUGUAUCUGUGGGGUAUCACCCAGAAGGGACGUGGAGAGGAAUACUUCAUGGACCUACGAACAUCAGAUCCUGGGCCACCAGGAGCGCCAUCAUUUGUGAUCACUAAUGUUACGGAGACUGCUGUCAACUUGACGUGGGUACCCUCCCGUUCUGGCAUUCCUGGUAGUGUCUUCUAUGUACAGUUCCGAAGACAAGGCAAGUGGGAAUGGCAGCAGAGUCCUGAUGUGUAUGCUACACGCUACCACAAUCUGACCAACUUAGAUACUGGCAGCUAUUAUGAAAUCAGGGUGAUUGCAAAGAAUGGAGCUGGUGACGAGACACCUAGUGCUAUACAGGAGGUCUGGACAAAAGGAACUGAGUCUGUUCAAUCAUUCAUUUCUUUCCUCUGGCUCCUCAUCAUGUUAUUAGUCCUCCUCAUUUUCUUCAUCCUGGUUGGCCUUGUCUUCUACUUCCAUAAGAAGUUACCUGAACGACAAGAAGAAAAAACAACAUUACAAAUUCCUGAGAGAAGCCAGGCUAGUUCUGCUUAUGAGGAGGGAGGGUUCAGGCACCCUGGAUAUACUCAAGGGCCCAAUGACUCUGAGUCAUCCAUCAAGAAACCUGCAUAUGACAGUGAAGAUGAGUUUGAAAGUGACGAGGAAUACACUGAUGAUGAGGACGAGCUUGACACCAAAGCUGCUUACCCAACAAAGGAAGCACCAUAUCCUCAGUAUGCAGCUAGAGGUCCCAGCAUGCCUGAGACCACUCGGCGACAGUACACAGGGGCCCCAGAGUAUGCUAGGGGUCCAAAUGAAGCAGCAUACGCCCCAAGAGGUGCAAGCGCUCCUGUGCCAGAAUAUGCUCCCAGAGGUGCUAGUGCCCCAGUUCGCCCCCCUGCCCCGAGGGGUCCUGCUCCCCAGCAAUACAACUAUGGCCCCGGGUAUGAGCCUGGCGCUGGACAACCAGAAAGGACUAUUAGAAUUGGCAGUGAUACACAGGGAGAUGAGAAAGACAAUAUGUCAACAUUUGUCUAAAUCUACAAUGUAUGAUGUCUUCUAGAUAUAUAGGUCAAUCUUUUAACUUUCAGAUGGAAUGCCAUGUGUACAUUAUUACUUGACUUCAUUUUCAUAAAAUUCUUUCAUAUAUUUUAUAAAAUACUGCAGUCAAUCUAGGUACCUGUAGUAUCUGUAUACACUAGUAUUUAAGAUGUACUGUGCUCAGUA